AAAAACGAUGUCUUUUGCUGUGAAAAUCUUAGCAAACCCUACGCCAGCUCAAGCCCCCUCCGUCUUUGCCAUUUACAGAGCUUCGUAUUCAAGCCCAUGUCUCUCAAUUCCUUUCAAACCCAUCAGAUUCAACCUCUCUUGCUCCCACCCGAGCUUUCUCUGCCUGAAGAAGAAAGAGCCCCUUGUGAGGGUUUCUGUUGUGGCCGCCGAGAAUGAAGAGAACGACCCAGUAGCUCUCGAGGAGCACGAAGAGGGUUUUGAUGGUAAACUCAACUGGGAUUCCUCGGAAAGUGAGGCCGAGGGAGGGGAGAGUGUUGGGUAUGCUAAGCCGAAUGAAGUCGGGGGAUUGUAUGUGGGGUGGCUGCCGUACACUGUGACUAGUGAGAAUUUGGCUCAGAUGUUUGAGGAGGCCGGUGUUGUAGAGACGGCUGAGGUUAUUUACUACAAGGAUACUGGCCAGAGUAGAGGCUUUGGAUUUUUGACGAUGAGUACCCUGGAAGAAGCUGUGAGGGCUGUGGAAAUGUUCGAUGGCAAAGUUAUAGGCGGGAGGUCAUUGAGGGUCAAUAGAGCCCAACCGUUAGGGUCAAACUCAAAGCCUGAAUGACAACCUCGUAUGGUCAAGUCCGGUUCAAAUGGAUGGUCACUUUUUUCUCUAAUUGGGACCAAAAUUACCAAUAUUAUUAGGAAAAUAUGUAAAAGAGAGCCAGAUAGUUAAGAUUGCCAUAUUUUUUUUAAAAAAAAAUUAUUUUAAUUUUGUUUUUUGGUAGAUUGUAUGGUGAUUACUUAUUGGCUGGUUGAAUGUUAUGCUGUAUUUAUAAUGUCA